GUUGGAAUCAAGCUUCCCGGUGUCACGUUGACGCCGUGUGGCAUCACUUCCUCUGCUUCCCUAUUUAAAGGCCGGUGUGGAGCCAGGGAGGCUUCAGGAUGGGAUUAAACUCUUCACCGGUGGCUCACCCACUGACCCGUCGGAUCUGGAAGGCUCCGGAUGUUUCUGUUCCGUCGAGGUUUUUAAAGCUGAACGUUGGUGAGAUUGUUGGAAGAUCUGAGAAAAAAUCUUUGUUUUUUUAAUUCUUUGGUUUUACAUUUUUGGUCACAUCGAGGUAACUUCGCAUUGUUGUCAUUUUCUGGCUUUUGUCAUAAAAAUCAUCACAUCAUCUGCGUAUCGAAGUUUCUCAGGAUCGGUACAAAUUUGACUUUUAUUUGAAAGAAUUACCGCAUGAGAAAAAAACUUUUUUUGGAAAGCAGCUCCACGGCAAAGCUUCACCAUGAGUAACGGUGGGAUCGCCACAGUUUCACCACAGGAGCCGCAGGCAUUCAAACGAGCUGUACGGAAGGUAAAAUGUGCUGCCAUGGUGGCAAAUUUGGCCAAAAGUUGGCAGGGUUGGGCCAAGGAGCACGCGGACAAGCAAGAUGCUAUCCCGAGUGGCUGGAUGCCUUCGUCUGUCGAGGAGGAAGACAGGAAAGAACGAAACCACGUGGUCAAACUGAGUGUUACUCCACGAGUGAUCCCAGCAGAUCCCAGUGAUGCCAACGAAAACAAAAUCCGCACGUGCUCCGUGACAAAGACCAUCCAGCUGAAACGCAGCGAGUGCAGCAGUGGUAAUCUGAUGAGCGCCAUCCGGGACAAGAUGGAGUCUGCUCCGGAGGAGAGCAAGCCAUUUUUAGGCAACGAGUCGCCGACACGCCGCCGCCAUAUGAGGGCGCUACAGAGCGCGGCAGGAGGAGGAGGGGGGAUCAUCCAAGACAAAAAACUGAAGCUGCAGGAGAAGAAGCUGAGCUCCAGGAGCAGCAGCUUAGAUGCAGAGGAUAGCGGGAUCGGAGAGGAUGGAGGGCUCAGUGAUAACGGUGAACCAAAGGUCGAACAAAGUGACCCCAAGUCCAAAACAAAGACCAGCAGGCCCAAGAUUAAAAUCGCCACCAUGAGCGACAUCAAGUCCCGCUGGCAGCAGUGGUCCGAGCAGCACGUCGAAGGCCAGAAGCUCAACCCCUUCAGCGAGGAGUUCGACUUCGACUACGCCAUGUCCCAGCGUCUGCGCAAAGGCGACUCCGGCUACGGUCGGCCCAAAGACGGCUCCAAGACCGCCGAGAGGGGGGACCGGGCCCAGAAGCACAUCCACAGGGAGAUGGAGGAGAUGGUCUGGAUCAUCCGAGACAUGGGCGUGAAGGACCGAGAGGGACGGGUCUGCAUCACCUUCGGCCGGCUCUUUGAUCGAUACGUCAAAAUUUCGGACAAAGUGGUGGGAAUUUUGCUGCGCUGCCGCAAGCACAAGAUGGUGGACUUUGAGGGGGAAAUGCUGUGGAAAGGACGGGAUGAUGAUGUCAUCAUUACUGUGAGGGACUGAGAAGAGUGGAAAAACCACAAGAAAGGUUCUUUCAGGGGAAUUAGGCUGUCACAUCGCACUACGAAACAAAUAUUUAGACGUUAAGCAAAAAAAUGCAUCAUGUUCAGUAAAGCAGAAUAAAAACUGCCUUUAAAAUCUUC